AUGGCCGGAAUUUCGUCGAAGAGGAACAAACUUCUCCACCGUUUUUACGAGCCACUGGUAUUACUAUAUGCUUUGGACCAAUUCCAAGGUGAUCAGCUGUAUUCAGACAAUAACAGGCCAUCGUUAGACGAUGCUACAGAAAAAGAACUCCGCCGGCGCUACUUGAACUCAUUGUCCUAUAUUUGCGAUUACAAAAAGGGUGGAGACACAGUAACGGCGAUUGGCGCCGCAGCAAAUCCAUUGAGAUAUUAUAUUGCAAGUAACAAGGCUCCUCAGCGGAAAGUAACAGACUUUCUCGAGUCGGUCUUCUCUAAACUUGAACAAGUCUACAACAUGAACGGAGAGGAGCGCAUCCAAAUGGAAAGCAUGCUUCUAAAGGCAUGUGUCGAAUUCAGUGAGCAACGAAUCCGAACAUAUUUGAGGUUUCUGCAGCUCUCCAUGAAGGAGUGCGCCAAAGCUGUUCAAGACAAGCCUGUGCUUGAGAACUUCAUUAGAGAAAGAGUCAACACAUUCACUGGUCAUAAAAAGUCAGAAAGUCCAUUCAGGGCAGCAAAGCAUUAUAUUGGGCGAAUCGCAGCGCACGUCAAGAAUGUGAAAGUUCUUUUGGCGGCGGCUCAGCGACUCCCCCAGCUCGUUUUGAAACCUGAAAUCAUCCCGAUCAAGAAUCCUCCGUCGAUAGUUCUGCCUGCUCCCCGUGGAUCAAGUCUCAAGCUUGACAGCAUCGCCAAUCGAAUGGUGCCCUCCUCUCAAAGUCAACUACUCUCCGAGCUGAGAUCCAGCCUCCAAACCUUGGACCGCCUAUUCAGUAUCGAAAACACAUUUCGGCGAGCGUAUUUGGAGAAAAAUCCCAGAGCUCGCGUUCAUGCAGAGCUGAUUGUUCUGGAGUAUUUCUACGAGCGCAGCGCAACUCUGGAGCACUGGGACAACGAUCGUUUCAUUGGUUGUAGUAAGCCCGCGUGCUAUUGUUGCUCAUUGUAUUUCCAAGAACACCCAGCCGAUGUCGAACCACCAAGCACUCAUCAAAGAAUAUAUCUUAAUUGGCUACCUCCAACCAAUCUCCCCGGGGUGGAAGAUCCUUCCUCCAGAUUGGCGACUCUUGAAAAGAAGAUGCUGAAUGCAAUGGUUCAAAGAAUUCGGAUCAGGACCAUUGAACAGAUUAGAAGUCAAACUGGACGAAGACAGAAACAGUAUGAUUCAACCACUGGGGAAACCUACUCCACACAUACCAAGGCCGCCUCCAUGGAAAAGCAACUUGAACGCAUAGACACCCUGCCAGUCGCAGAAGGUGAGAACUGGAUUGACGCUCCCUCGAUUUUGGUAACAAGAGUGGCAGAUCCCGAGAAUGAAUAUGCGAACAAUGACGCCGAAGCCGGGUUGAUAGUAUCCCUGGAGAAUGUACACCUUUCAAGGCAAAUCACAGAGUCCUGUGAGGAUUCCGAUGACGAACAGGGGGUGAAACUGCUUGGGUUUGUCUAA